AUGACGAGUCUCAAAUCAAUGUAUGCAAAAAUGAAUCAGCGUCUUAUUAUUACUCCUUCAAGAAUUCAUCAUAAUCCACUGCUGCAACAAGAAUACGCCGGGAAUAUACUGGAGUUAGGGUUAGAGCAUCUUUCUUCCGUCGCCGCCUCCGGCAGAACCGCCUCAAUGACGGAAGCAACGCUUCUCCUCCUUCUCCUGAGCUUAACGAUUGCUGAAGACAACAACGUUGAUAAUUUUUGCUCUCUCAAUGGAAAGUGGAGGCUCCUUGUUACCAACAACUCUUCCGGUGCCGACGAGAUCUAUGAAGCGGAGUUUUUGGUGGUUGCGAGUGGAGAGAAUAGUGAAGAGUACAUCCCAAACAUUAAAGGACUUGAGAGCUAUCAAGGAGAGUCCAUGCAUUGUAGCAAGUAUUUGAAUGGGAGAGAAAUGUACAAGAAGAAUGUUUUGGUUGUUGGAUGUGGCAAUUCUGGCAUGGAAAUUGCUUAUGAUCUUUCAACUUGGGGUGCAUAUACCUCUAUUGUCGUCAGAAGUCAGGUGCAUUAUUUUACUAAGGAAAUGGUGUAUGCGGGUAUGUUGAUGCUGAAACACUUCAUGGUGGAUAAAGUGGACAAGAUGAUGGUUCUUAUGAGCAAAUUGAAGUAUGGGAAUAUGUUUAAGUAUGGUUUGACGAGGCCAAAGGAGGGACCUUUUGCACUCAAAAUAAAAGGUGGUACUACUCCUACCAUUGAUGUUGGUUGUAUAGAAAAGAUUAAGAAGGGAAAAGUGAAGGUAAUAAAUACAUAUAUACUUGUUUAA